AUGUAUUAAUAAAAUUGGUAAGGGGACAGAUAUUAAGAUGAAAUUUUUCUUGAUGAUGCGGAGAUUUUUUAAAAAGAUGAAGAACCAUCAAUAUUUGAUAUUGUUUAUAGAGAAGUGGGGUGUAUUCUACUCAAAUAUACCAACCUAAACCUUAUAACUUGUCCUAACACUCUCCAUUAUAUUACAUUAAAGUUCAAUAAUGAUGAACCUUUCUCCUUUCUCUUUCAACCAAACUAUAUCUUAGUGGAACAAAUGGCAGUAAACCCAGCUUUGAAAGAAAUAGCUGAAUAAUUGUAAAUUGAGGAUCUGAUAAAUCAUAAUUAGAAUGAUAUUGAGUAUUUUUCAGACUACUAUUAACAGUUAAUUGAGGAAAUAUUCAAAUCUCAUUUGAAUUAAGCCUAAGAGAUAUUUUUAAGAUAGUUAGAGUUACUGCAAGAAUAGAGAAUAAAACCACAGGUUGAUUAAGAACUUUAGUCCAUAUUUUAAGAUAAAUAGUUUUAAUUUCCAUCGAAAUUAGAUUUUCAACAUUCUGAACUACCUGAAAAUUAAAUCAAAUAUAAACUGUUUGAAACACUAUAAUAAUUAUAAUCUAAUUAUUUGAACACUCAAAAUAAAUCUAUUAAAUUAGAAUGCCCUGAGACUGCUUAAUAAUUAUCAGGCCAUAAAACUCAAUAAGAAUUUCAUGGUAUUACCCAAGUUACUCAGGUUGAUUAACCUUUAGUUAUAAGUUCUUUAAAUAAAGAGAAGAUUAAGAUGAUCAUACAUUGGUUGAUUUAAGAGAAGAUUGCAAUUCCUGAAAUCAUACUGUGUGCUGAAUUAAAGAAUAGAGGAAAUGGAAUGAACUUAACCUUUAAUCCUAAUUAGCAAAUGUUGAACAGGUGUGCAUUUUAUUAUGGCUUAUUUUGUGAGGCUUAGCAGAAUUAAUCGGAGGCAAAGAAUAUUAAAGAAGAAAAUACAGAAGAAGUAAAAACUUGUUAGGAAUUUAAUAUAGGGAAACAAAAACUGAAAAUUACUGAAUAUCAUCUGUUAAUUAAAAUGUUAGAUCUAGUUGAUCAAUAGAAAGAAUCUCUUAAACCAAAAAUCAUUUAAUUGGUCAAAUAUGCUUAAUUAAAAAAUUAAAUUAAAAGAUUGUCAAGGGUUUAAGAAACAGAUGCUCAUUUUAAGAUUGUCAAGUAAUUUAUUGAAAAAUUAGAGACAAUUCUUCAUAUCUAUGAUGAAUAUGAAAAUGAUAAAUAGAAACCAUUCAAAAACCAACAAGAAAAGAAAAGCCAAAUUUAAUCAGAUAAUUUGA